CUGCCUCCUUUUCCGGCCCGCGGCGUGUGCGUGAGAGGGGCUUGAAGUUACCCCGGAGGCGGCGGAGGAGAGACGCGGGGCCGGGGCGGCUGUUGGCGGCGGCGGGGCGCGGCGGGGCGCGGCGGGGCGCGGAGCCCACCCCCAUCACCUGUUACCUCCGCUCCCCAGGUUGCCUGAAGUUCCCCGGCGGCGCCCGGCAGGACGGGGAGCGCCGCGGCUCCGGCUCGCAGGGACCCUACAGUGGCUGCUGCAGCAUGGGCUGGCUCAGGGGGAUUGCCUUGCUUUCCUUGGGAGUAUUAUUAGCAGGAAGAGUGAACUGCCAGCAUGUGAAGAAUAACGUGCCAAGACUCAAAUUAUCCUAUAAAGAAAUGUUGGAAUCCAAUAAUAUAGUCAAUUUCAAUGGACUGGCUAAUAGUUCCAGUUAUCAUACUUUCCUCUUGGAUGAAGAACGAAGUCGGCUGUAUGUUGGAGCAAAAGACCACAUAUUUUCUUUCAACCUGGUUAACAUCAAGGAAUAUCAAAAGAUUACUUGGCCUGUAUCUCAUUCCCGAAGGGAUGAGUGCAAGUGGGCUGGAAAAGAUAUUCUGAGAGAAUGUGCUAAUUUCAUCAAGGUGCUUAAGACGUACAACCAAACACACUUGUAUGCCUGUGGAACGGGGGCUUUUCAUCCCGUGUGCACUUAUAUUGAAGUUGGAAGCCAUCCUGAGGACAACAUUUUUAGGAUGGAAGAUUCACAUUUUGAAAACGGCCGAGGGAAAAGCCCUUAUGAUCCUAAAUUGCUGACAGCUUCUCUUUUAGUAGAUGGAGAAUUGUACUCUGGCACAGCAGCAGACUUCAUGGGCAGAGACUUUGCCAUUUUCCGAACUCUGGGGCAUCACCAUCCAAUCAGAACAGAGCAGCAUGACUCCCGGUGGCUAAAUGAUCCCAGAUUUAUUAGUGCUCACCUGAUACCUGAAAGUGAUAAUCCAGAAGAUGACAAAAUCUAUUUCUUCUUUCGUGAAAAUGCGAUUGAUGGAGAGCACACUGGAAAAGCCACUCAUGCCAGAAUAGGGCAGAUCUGUAAGAAUGACUUUGGUGGACACAGGAGCCUUGUUAACAAAUGGACAACUUUCCUCAAAGCACGUCUGAUUUGUUCUGUGCCAGGACCCAAUGGUAUUGACACACACUUUGAUGAAUUACAAGACGUGUUCCUAAUGAACUCGAAGGACCCUAAAAAUCCAAUAGUAUAUGGAGUGUUUACAACUUCCAGUAAUAUCUUCAAGGGAUCAGCAGUAUGUAUGUACAGCAUGACAGAUGUGAGGAGGGUAUUUCUUGGCCCCUAUGCCCACCGAGAUGGCCCAAACUACCAGUGGGUUCCCUACCAGGGGCGAGUUCCAUAUCCACGGCCAGGAACUUGUCCCAGUAAAACAUUUGGCGGCUUUGACUCUACCAAGGACCUUCCUGAUGAAGUUAUAACAUUUGCAAGAAGUCAUCCAGCAAUGUACAACCCAGUAUUCCCCAUCAACAACCGUCCAAUCAUGAUUAAAACGGAUGUAGAUUACCAGUUCACACAGAUAGUAGUAGAUCGAGUGGAUGCAGAAGAUGGUCAAUAUGAUGUUAUGUUCAUUGGCACAGAUAUUGGAACAGUUCUUAAAGUGGUUUCAAUUCCUAAGGAGACUUGGCAUGAAUUAGAAGAAGUCUUGCUGGAAGAAAUGACCGUCUUUCGGGAACCCACUGUUAUUUCAGCAAUGAAGAUUUCCACAAAACAGCAACAGCUCUACAUUGGCUCAGCCACCGGAGUUUCCCAGCUUCCUUUACACCGCUGUGAUAUCUAUGGAAAAGCAUGUGCCGAGUGUUGUCUUGCAAGAGACCCUUACUGCGCCUGGGAUGGUUCGUCUUGCUCACGUUACUUUCCCACUGCUAAGAGACGUACUAGGCGACAAGACAUCAGAAAUGGAGAUCCCCUCACUCACUGCUCAGACCUGCAGCAUCAUGAUAACCCAAGUGGUCAGACCCUGGAGGAAAAGAUUAUUUAUGGAGUAGAGAAUAGCAGCACUUUUCUUGAGUGCAGUCCAAAAUCUCAACGUGCCAUAGUCUACUGGCAAUUCCAGAAGCAAAAUGAUGACCACAAAGUUGAGAUAAAAGUGGAUGAUCGAAUGAUCCGGACAGAACAGGGCCUAUUGCUACGAAGUCUUCAACGGAGAGACUCUGGUAUUUAUUUUUGUCAUGCUGUGGAGCAUGGCUUCAUGCAAACUUUGCUCAAAGUGACCCUGGAAGUAAUUGAUACUGACCAUUUGGAAGAGCUGCUCCAUAAGGAAGAAGAUGGUGAUGCCUCCAAGACCAAGGAUGCUACCAAUAGCAUGACUCCCAGUCAAAAGAUCUGGUAUAGAGACUUCAUGCAGUUAAUCAAUCACCCUAAUCUCAACACAAUGGAUGAGUUCUGUGAGCAGGUUUGGAAAAGAGACCGCAAGCAGCGCCGGCAAAGGCCUGCCAAUGCGCAGGUGAACACGAAUAAGUGGAAGCACCUACAAGAGAAUAAAAAAGGUAGGAACAGGAGGACCCAUGAAUUUGAGAGGGCACCACGGAGUGUCUGAGCUACAUUACCUCUAGGAACCUCAUCUAAGUAGAAACUUGUAUAGACAGAUAACUGGAAAAAAAAAAUGCAAUAUACAUGAACUUUUUCAUGGCAUUAAGUGGAUGUUUACAAGAGUUGAAAGCUCAAACAAUUUCCACCGGGUUUAAAUAAAAUAUAUUUCUAACUUUCCUAGUAAGUCCUUCGUCUCCGCUCUGAUUCUAAGACCAGAUGGACCAGAGUUUCAAGAACUCUCAGCCGGACAUAGCUUACUGCUCAAAAAGUUCUACAAGAGUUCAGCAGGCAGGUUUUGCUUUCUCUGUUGCCUGAGAUAUAAAUGAAAUGUUGUAUUUCAUGCUGUCAUCUUAAAGAAAAACAAAACCCAUUUUUCAUCAUCAGCACCACCAUUCCUAGACUAUGUAUAAAACUGCAUGAACUCAUCAAGCUGAUGAAUGUCUGAACACGUGAUUGGACACAAGGAUUUGUUCUUGUUUUGUCUACCAGUUCUCCUGUUUAUGAGUACUAGAAGAGGAAAAAUAAUGCUGAAUGAGAUUGUGGAAAUCUGAACAACAUAAGCCAUUCAUCAUCUGGAAGAACAAAAAAACUGUGGAGUACACUGGCCUACUACUGAUGACUUCUUUCAGCUUUGAUCUAAAGAUGUAUUUUAUUAAAACUAUAAUUUAAAUAUACCAUGAAAAAUAUGCAGCAAACAUUAGCUCUUUUCUAAAAUAGAUUAGCCUCUUUGUCUUAGAAAUAUUGUACUUCCUAAUUAUUACCAUAGAAGAAAAAAAAAAAAAAAAAA